GCGCCCCUGGGGAAGGGGGCCAGUCGCCGACUCCUGGCUCUUCCGCUCGCUCGUAACUUCGGGGUGGGGCAAGGUUAGGGGCGCCUCCCGGGAUCCUGUGGCCGCGGCGGGGUGAGAGUCUUCCCCGCGGCCGCUGGGGGAGUAAAGCCGAUGUGUGUAUUCCCGGUUAUCCGCGGAGACGCGGGGCCUCCUCUCCUGCCCGUCCAAGUGGAAGGCCUGUUCCCUGCAACUUCCCUCUCACCUUCCUCUGCUGUCUCUUUGCCAGCCCAGCCCGGCCGGGACGGGGCCAGGGCCGCCAGGUGCCGGGGAAGGUGGAGAGAGUGUGUGGCACCGAGUUACAGUGAGUGAAGCGAGUCCCCGCGAGGAGAACUUUGCAGAAGGCAUCCCUGUGCGCGUGGGGAGAGCCCCGGAGCCUCAGUAUGUCCGGGAAACGCAAGCGAGUGGUGCUGACCAUUAAAGAUAAGCUUGACAUCAUCAAGAAACUCGAGGACGGGGGCUCCUCCAAGCAGCUGGCGGUGAUCUAUGGGAUCGGGGAGACGACCGUGAGGGAUAUAAGGAAAAACAAGGAGAAGAUCAUCACGUACGCGAGCAGCUCUGACUCCACCAGUCUCCUGGCCAAAAGGAAAUCGAUGAAGCCCUCCAUGUACGAGGAGCUGGACCGAGCGAUGCUGGAGUGGUUCAACCAGCAAAGGGCAAAAGGGAAUCCGGUGUCCGGGCCCAUCUGUGCCAAGAGGGCCGAGUUCUUCUUUUACGCCUUGGGGAUGGAUGGCGAUUUUAACCCCUCCGCCGGCUGGCUGACUCGGUUUAAGCAGCGGCACAGCAUUCGGGAGAUUAACAUUAGGAACGAAAGGUUAAACGGAGACGAGGCCGCCGUGGAAGACUUUUGUCACAACUUUCGAGACUUUAUUGAACGAGAGAAUCUGCAGCCUGAGCAGAUCUACAAUGCGGACGAAACGGGGCUCUUUUGGAAAUGCCUGCCUUCCCGGACUGCAGUCAUCAAAGGUAAAUGCACUGUCUUUGGGCACAAGGCAAUGGAAGAAAGAGUCACCAUCAUGUGUUGUGCCAAUGCAACGGGUUUACACAAACUUAAACUGUGUGUUGUGGGGAAAGCAAGGAAACCUUGCUCCUUCAAGUCAGCCGACACCUCAAACCUGCCAGUCUCGUAUUUCAGCCAGAAAGGUGCCUGGAUGGAUCUUUCCAUUUUCCGACAGUGGUUUGACAAGAUCUUUGUGCCACAGGUUCGAGAGCACUUACGCUCCAGAGGCCUACAGGAGAAGGCCGUGCUCUUGUUGAAUAAUUCACCAACACAUCCAAAUGAAAAUGUCCUCCGGUCAGAUGAUGGCCAAAUAUUUGCUAAAUAUUUGCCACCUAAUGUGGCCUCAUUGAUUCAGCCCUCGGACCAGGGCGUCAUAGCAACAAUGAAGACAAACUAUCGUGCAGGUCUUCUCCAGAGCAACUUGGAAGAAGGUAAUGACCUGAAAUCAUUCUGGAAAAAGCUAACUCUGCUGGAUGCACUGUAUGAAGUAGCCAUGGCUUGGAAUUUAGUAAAGCCAGUUACCAUUAGCAGAGCAUGGAAGAAGAUUCUCCCUUCCAUAGAGGAGAAAGAAGGCUUGGACUUUGAUGAAGAAGAUAUUUCACUGGCUACCGUGGCCACCAUUUUACAACACACCAAAGGAUUGGAAAAUGUGACUACUGAAAACAUUGAAAAAUGGCUUGAAGUGGACAGUACUGAACCAGGUUAUGAAGUAUUAACUGACAGUGAAAUCAUCAGAAGAGCCCAAGGCCAGACAGAGGAAUCCAGUGAAAAUGAGGAGGAGGCAAUAGAACUAAUUCCAAAGAAACAUAUCAAUCAUGCCGCUGCUCUCCAAUGGACUGAAAGUUUAUUGGAUUAUCUAGAACAACAAGGUGAUAUAAUUCUGCCCGAUAAACUGGUGAUACGUAAACUUCGAGCCACCAUCAGAAAUAAACAGAAGAUGACCAACUCAAGCCAAUAAUGGUAUUUCAAUAUUACUGUUUGUAACUCUUAAACCUCUCUGCAAUAAUGGCUUUAUUUUGUGUAUGUGUUCUGAAUUGUCAGACACAGUCCUAUGAAAUAUGGAGACAACAAUGUACCUGAAGUGGUUUGAGGAUUAUGUGUUUUGCAUCAUCUGUGUCUCUUGUCCCUUAUGCAGAUAAUCUGAAGCUGGUUCUGUAUAAAUAUAAAUUACAUGUACACGUGUUUCUACUUUUGUAGAUCUAUAAUUAUCCCUUCCAUAACAGUGGCAUUCCCUACAUUUUCUAGCAAACGUUACAGAUAAUAAUGAACAGAUAGAGCAUUUUCCUGAAAUUUUUGUUUUAAUUCGUGAGCACUGCCACCGUAAUCUUUUCUUCUGUUAACCCACUUAAAUGGUUAUCUGCUUUGUGUAUCUGUAUGUGCUGAAAGAAAGGAAAUAUCUAUAUUGUUAGAUUGCAGGGUGAUCUAUCAUAACUCAAAAUGAAGUUCAAUAAUGAAGAGGAAACAGUAAUAUAUGAAUUAUAAAAAUGUCUUAGAAAUCACAAUUAUGUUACAUUAAUGUUUGGAUGGCAGUAGGGGAAAUUUUUCUGAAAAUUGAAUUAAAUACAAUAUAGGAAGUGAUUGCUAAAUUAGUGAGAAAACUAUUGGAAAACAUAUAUAAAAGAUAUUCUAUUCAUUUGUAGAAAACUGGAAGUUAAAAAUUUGAGGAGCUUUAAGUUAUUUAUACAAAGGGAAUAAAUAGGCUUCUUUUAAUUGGGUCUUUUUAUUAUGAAUUGAGUAACAGUAUAGGUUUAUUAUUUAUUCACCUAAUUAUAUUACAGGUUCUAUAAUGUUACAUGUGAUGUUACAUGAGCGCCCACCUUAUAUGUGGGUGACCAUCUUGGGAAUUUGAAAGUUUUGUUGUUUUUUACUAUGUACUUGAUAUUGUGAAUAAUUUGAAAAAAAUUUGUCAUACCGUCUCUUUAUUUCAUAUGAAAAGGAAAAAAAAAAGAAGUUUUUAUUUUUAAUAAGCCAUAGGUUAUGUACGACUUGCUUUAUGAAGAAAGCAGAGAUAAUUAUGGAAAGUGUCAGAUUCUUAAGAACUUCAUCAUUUAUUAUUUUGAUACUUGUAAAACUUAUUCUAGAAUUUGUAAAAGUUUUGAUAUAUUUGCUUAGUAAAUUUAGUAUGUUUAUUCAAGACAUGAAGACACUACCUAUGUGAAUAUUAAUAUAAUUUGUGAUUUAAAAGCAAAGUCUCUCCAUAUUAUUUAAUGUUUUGGCCCUAAAUUUUUUUAAAACAGAAUUGUUCUGUUAGUCAUUUUUUAAAGUUUAACUUUACCAUAUAAAUACUUUGCAUUUUAUAGUGCCUUUCUUAGAAUUCUAAAACUUUAAUAAGAUUUUUGCUUUCCAUAAUUUCUGUUAUCUUCAUGAUACAUGUCUAGAUCUUUAAAAAGACAUCUGUGAUGAGAACUUUAAAAGUUUUAUGUGCUGCGUGAAUUGCCUCAGUGCACAGAGUAAAAGAAACAUGAGACGUUGACAGAUACUGAAUCAGAUGAUUACACCUUCUAUAAAUUAAUUGUAUGUAAAUGGAUUUCAUUUUUCUCAAAUGAAAAUAUAUACUAAAAAGCUUGGAAUUUCUGUCUGGAUUUGCUCAUUAUUUUAAAAAUUAACCUUGUCAGUAAAAUUCAGCUGUAUCAUU